GGACAAAUCGUACAAGUUAGGCCUAGACCAAAAUCCGAGGUGAAUCCAACAAUAGUUAAUACAGUCGAUAAAAGAGAAAGUCUUGCAAACGCUCUACAGUUUCAUAUUGAGGACAUUGUUGAUGGGCUAGCUUUUAAUGAGAGCGAUCUUCUUGACUGCCUUGUAAGGGAACGGUAUCUGACAGAGGACGAAUACACAUUGAUUAAAAAAAUGAGUGACAGGAAAGACCAAAUUAGAGCUCUUGUAAGCACCAUCAAAGGACGUGAUCUACAAGUUUUGGAAGGAUUCGUGAAACACAUCAAACAACGUAUUCCAGCAGUCGCUGAAAAGUUUGAAAUGCAAUAUGGGUAACGGUGCGAAUGGAAAUACUUGCGGCCUUUGUAAAAUUAAAGACACAGUUCAAUGUUAAACAUGUGGUUGAUAGUUUGUGGUCGAUACAAGUUAUAGAUGAUGGCAUUUACAAUCAAAUAAUUUCUUCUGUUGCAACUGUAGGAGCACAAGUACAUUAUGGGUGGACAUAUUUAAUUCUCUGAACAGUCUUAAUCCCGAAAAUGCUAAAUUGGCUCACGCAAAAUUGUUGAAGGCAGUCUCAGAAGAUCACAUGCUUAUGCAUUUAGAAAAAGAUAUAAAAGAACUGCUGAUCAAGAAUCAUGGAAAGCUGAUUUGCUCGUGUGAACCGAGAUUCAAUUUACCUAACACAGAUUCAGUUAUGCUUCCGACGUCAGGCCGAUCUGUUUUACAUAAUUCUAG